CCUCAGACACAGAGGCACUCGAUUAGUGGUUGAUACAAAUUAAAAAGUGCCUAAAACACAUGCUCAGAACACUUCAUUGGGGGAUCAGACUGUUAGUCUUGUCAUUUUAAACACUUCCCGAGGCUCUGCAUUCGCUAUCAUUUGUGUUUUAGAGCUCUCCCACAACUCUUCGCUAACUAUGUGAGCGCAUUCUAGCUCGGUCGCACCACCAUUCACCCAUGCUGAAGCUAGGGCGCAGCAGUAGCGGAGCCAGUGAGCCGACGACCAUUUCCGACAGCUCCGUAUGGAUUUAACAUCGGUAUUCGUUGCUGCCUGAUGUUUUAGAAAGCCGAUCACCGGUGAUUUCGAAGAUGGGGGAUCCCUGUGACCUUAAACACUUCGUAAAGUGUGGCGUCACUUUGGAGGGCUCAUUUCUCUGAUUUGGAUUAUUCUUGGCCAGCAGCCCCUUCAGGCCUACUAAUCCUAGACGAAUUUCUCUAUGGACGCUCUGCACAAGUCAGAGAUCAGAGAGGAAGGGAGUGGUGCAUCGGUAAAGGUGGAGGGCCUGUCCAAAGCAGCUCUAAUCAAAAGCCUGUCUCCCAGAGUCAUGCUGUCCAACCACCUUUUGCCUAAAGGGACCAAGAUGAAGGUCAACCUAGAAGAUCAGGGUCGUCAGAAAGUGUCCUUCAGCUUCUCGCAGACAAAGAAGCCACUCCAAAGCCCGUUCUUCAUCCCUCCCAGUCCUGAUAAGGCAGAUCCUCAUGCUGCCUCGUCACAGUCAACCUCCGACAAACCUGGAAAGAGUGCAGACAGCAAAACUGAGCAAAGGCAGACACCCUUGGUGCCAGCAUCAAAAGCAGAGACACCUCAGACGCCAGUCCCCACAGCUACUAAAGUGAAAAUGAUGCAUUUCAAAAAGCAAAUUCUUAAUGACUCUGUGACUGAAGAGAAACAGUCAGUUAUGCCAGAAGAGACGCACACCUCUGAAUUUCAGAAUGAACUCCCAGCACCCCAGAGUCUCAUCAGCACCUGUCCCUCUGAAAGUGCUCACACUGAAACCUCUGAGACGAGAGAAACCUCAAGCCUCAAGAAACCAGCUGCUUCCUCAGGAAAAGAUGGGGAGACAUCCAGCAGUACUGAGCAGGAUGAAAAGAUACACAAAAGGAAAACCAGGUCACAGUCAGAUAGUGCUCCCCCUGGCUCCGAAUCUGAUGGAGAUUCAGCCCAGAUGUCUUCCAGCCACAAAUCAGUUGAUUCCAAAAGUAAAACAAACUCUGACAGCAGAAGUAAAGAUGUAAGAAAAUCUUCCUCUGGUUCACAUGCAGAGGAAAGGGAAAAAAGCUUCUCAAAGCGCUCAGAGAAUUAUGAAAGGUCAUCUAGUUACUCGAAAUCAGACCGUGAUUCCAGACACACAUCCUCACGCUCAUCCCGAUCAGAGAAAGAUCGCCGAAGGUCCAGAUCUAGAUCACGGUCUAGAUCAAGAGGUUCUCGAACAAGUUCGUCACACUCCAGAUCAGACAGAACUAGAAGUGACAGAGGAUCACGCUCUGAAAGGUCCUACUAUCAUGAGUCAGACUGGAGAUCACACAGGAGUUCUCCACGCAGGGAUAGAAGACGUUCUCGCUCUCGGACUGACAGAACUCGGGACAGUUCCGACUCUGAAGAUGACCACAGAAAAACGAGGUCGAGGACAAGUGACAACAGUAGGUCAUCUAACCACUCAAGCUCACAUAAAGAGUCAAAAUCAUCAUCUUACUCAAAAUCUGAAAAAACCUCAAAAUCUGUAGAUUCACCUCACUCUUCAGAGUUGGAUAAAAGAACACAGUCCUCAAAGUCUGAAAGGAGUACAAAGCGGUUAUCGGACUCUGAUACCCUACGGAAGUGUUCUCCUGAUCUGGAUUCCAGUCACCGUAAAUCUAGCAGCCAUCAUAAGUCAGAGGCCAACAAUAAAUUCUCAUCUUCCAGUAGUCACACACACUCUCAGACACAUGAAAAACGGCAAAAAAGCAGCCCCAGUGACUCUGAAAUGGAUCAUAAAGGCAAAUUACAGUCAUCCAACAGAAGCUCCAGCUCCUUGGAGAACUGUAAAAACUCUCAAAAGAAAAGCAGUAGACCAGAGUCGAAACAGGUCCCCUCUAGAUCUUCUGUGAAAUCUUCUGGGCAAGAUAGACAAUCAGAUGAUUUAUUUCAUAGCCCUGGAAAAGCACCAUCUUGUGCAACCACAACAGAAUCAUUUUAUCAGAGUUCAAAAGAAAAAUCAGAUUCCCAACCAGUUGGAAAUGAGAAUGGCAAUAAAGAUGAUAAGGAGGCGGGGUCUUGUGGUGAGGGUUCGCAAGAACUGUCACUUAAGACAGAAGCAAAAUCAGGUCUUGAAAAGGAAAAUAACAUUGCCUCUGAUGUCACUUCAAGUGAGAGCCUAAAGCAUCUAAACUCUACUCUGGAAAACGUGUCUAAUGUGAAGGAUAGCCUUUCCUCUAAUGAUCCAACACAUGUGAACUCAAAUGGAUCUGUUGUAAAUUUAUGUAGUAGUAAUGACAGUACAAUGUGCAAUAAGGACAAGGACAUUUUUGACUGUUCACCUGGGCCAGAGUCUGUACUUCAUUCAGUCGAUAAAGCUGUCACAGAGGCUGUCCAGCAAAACACUAAACCAGAAAAUGUUGAACUGGAUAAAGCUCAGACAGUCAGUAAAGAGUCUGACACAGAUUUGCCAGUCAAAUCUGAUUCAUCUUGUCUUCAGUCUGAGAAUCAGCCAGAAUCACUACCUACCGAUAUAAAAAAGGGCAGCUGUAGUACCCGAAAGUCACGGUGGGACAUUGUUGGGCAGGAUUCCUCGGAGAGUGAAAAUUCACAGAGAACUGUUUGCGUAGAGAGUAAACUGUUAAAUACUGUUAAAAAGGUGAUCUCUGUCAAAAAAAUAGAGUUUUCUAAAGAUAACGCUCAACAAGACUGUGAUAUUAAAGAUGAUAUUCAGCAGGAAGCUGAAACACAUUCCAGACUGGUGAGGCAGACGGAGAUCUCAAAGCAGGAAGUCCAAUCAGAGAGCACACCCGUGACCUUUAAUUGCAAAGACCAAAGUGAGCCUUCGCAAGCCAGCACCAGCAAUGACCACUGUGACUCCAAACUCUCUGCUUCUCAAAAAUCAAACACAGAUCAGCCACUGCACAUAAAUGACAAGAUACAGAUCAACUCGGCAGCAACGGCACAGCACUCAAAUGAGGAAAAUUCCGAAAACAAAUCCAAGGACAGUGCUAGCAAGAGCAAACUGAGUAAGAGAAUGUCUCCCAGUCAGGAUGCGUCAGGGCAGAGUGAGGCCAGUGAUAGCGAUAACUCAGAGUAUGACUCUGAUUGCGGCGAGGCUAUAAAACAGUUGCACUCUGUAGUGGUGGUGCCAAAGAAUUCUUGUCUAACAAUGAAUACAGAGGAGAGGGGACCUUUGAAUAUUUUACAACAGCAGAAUGCCAUAGCAGCUGAAAAAAAUAUCAGUGAACCCCCAAAUCAAGUUAGCCAACAGCAAAAACAACCCACAACACAGACCAGUAUAAGCGAUUCACUCAGUGCGUUGUGUCAGUCCCAGAGCAAUAUGAUUGAUAGCACCAGUCACUCAGAGGCCACCACCUCCAUCAGUACCCAGCCUUAUACUUCUGGUCAUACCAGUUCCCAUGCAAGUGUCACAGAUUCCACCCCCAUGCUUGAUAAUUCCAAACAGUGUGAGCAAGGGCACAAACAACAUGAUGUGAGCAACAGAGGAGAUCGGACGCACAUGCAUUACCAACAAGAUCUUUUCUCCAGGGCUGACAAUAUUAAUGAGAAGAAUGAAUUCAACCUGGGUUGGGAUUUCUCACAACCAGAACAGCCUAGUAGUACGUACCAGCAGCCUGAUAGCAGCCACGGGCCUCAGUUAACAAACACUAAACUGUCAGGAUCCUUUUCCAAGGGGCAAGAACAAGAACACAGACCAAGUAUUGCUUCCUGUAUCCAGCAGUCGCAAAACAUGCAGACAAGCAGAAAAAACUACCUCCAUGCAAAUGUAAAUGAUCAGGAUCCUUCAGGCGAAAUCCAUCCCGACUCCCUCACUAAUGAUCAUGACGACUUCAGUGGGGAUAAAUCAUCAAUUUUUAGCAAAACGGCUUUUGAGGGCAGUGGUCCUAACACUCAAGGGUCAUCAAGCUUUGUACAAGGUCAUGAAAUAAGCAGCAAUAGCAGGUGUUCCACUGUACCUGACCCCUCUAGAGAAGACAGUUUUAGGCCCCACAGAGGAAGGGGCCCUCCCAAGAAAAGGCGUCCAGAGAUAGAGUCUGAUUCGGACAACGAGGCAGAAGCUGGCCCUGCAGCUAAAAGGGAACGUCAAGGAGAUACUGAAGUCGCUAAAGAAACUCUUGUAAAAUCUGCAGCAGACCGUCCAUCACUCACUCUGCAGGACUUUCAAGAUGCUAAUAGAUGGAAAGAGUUUGCCAAGUCUAAAAAGAUGCCUCCGUACUUUUACUUGAUUGAGGAUAACAUGUACCUAACAGAAAGGAAAAAAAGCAAAUCUCAUCGAGAUAUCAAACGAAUGCAGUGUGAGUGCCCGGUGUUACCCAGAGAGGACCGAGCAAGGGGCGUACUAGCAUGCGGGGAUGACUGUUUAAACCGGCUGCUGAUGAUUGAGUGUUCGUCACGGUGCCUGAAUGGAGCCUACUGCUCUAAUCGCCGCUUUCAGAUGAAACAACAUGCAGACUUUGAGGUGAUCCUCACAGAAGACAAGGGCUGGGGACUACGGGCAGCUAAAGACUUGGCUCCAAACACCUUUGUACUGGAAUACUGCGGUGAGGUUUUGGACCACAAAGAGUUCAAAACAAGGGUGAAAGAGUACGCUCGCAAUAAGAACAUCCACUACUAUUUUAUGUCUCUGAAGAAUAAUGAGAUUAUUGAUGCAACGCAGAAGGGUAAUUGCUCUCGGUUCAUGAACCACAGCUGCGAGCCCAACUGUGAAACCCAAAAGUGGACAGUCAACGGUCAGCUUCGAGUUGGGUUCUUCACCACCAAGGCUGUUACUGCAGGAACUGAGCUCACGUUUGACUACCAGUUUCAGAGAUAUGGGAAAGAAGCACAGAAAUGCUUCUGUGGAGCACCCAGCUGCAGAGGCUUCCUGGGUGGGGAGAACAGAGUUAGUGUUCGAGCAGCUGGCGGGAAGAUGAAGAAAGACCGCAGUCGAAAGAGUGCUCUCACAACGGUCGAUGAAGAGCUGGAGGCAUUGCUAGAGAAUGGCGAAGGCCUAUACGAUGAGAAACAGGUGGUGUCUCUCUGCAGACUGAUGGUCCGAGUGGAAACGAUGGAACAGAAACUCAUCUGUCUAAAGCUCAUACAAGAUACACAAAAUCCAUCAUGCUUGAAGCAGUUCUUAGACCAUCAUGGAUUGUCUUUGCUCUGGAUUUUCAUGGUGGAGCUUUCCGAAGCUAAAGUCAACAGUGCCAACAACAUCAAACUGCAAUUACAGAUCAUGAAGACCCUCAGUGUGCUGCCCAUCUCAACUAAGAACAUGUUGGAGGAAAGCAGAGUCCUGACCUUCAUUCAGCGGUGGGCUCAGACAAAAACUCUUCCUCAGCAGACUGAGAUGGAUGGUUACUCUAGUGAGAACACCUCCCGUGCCCAAACUCCCCUCAACACCCCUGAUGGUUCCUCCGCUAAAAUAGGACCAGAACUAGAUAGUGACACGUCCAAGCCUGCUGUGUACAGACGCCUUAAAAUCAUCAGCGAAAACAGUCUGGACAGCGCUCUUUCUGAUGCUAGCAAAGCAUCUGAUGGGAAAGAGGAAGAAGAGGAGGAUGAUGAUGAGGAAGAUGAUGAAAAUUCACGUGCAGGACUUCCUGAAGGUAAGCAGUUGAAGGCAGACACACUGGUGGACGCUGCAGAUCCAACCACAGAUUCAGCGGAAGAGUCAGGAAAAGAAGUCAUAGGAGAGAAACAGGAAGAGGCAGCGAUGACUUCAAGCAGUGAACCUCAACCUCCAACUGAAGAGGUGAAGGAAAAACCUGAUUUGGUUGUGGAAGAGAAGGACUCGGAUAUGAAAGAAGUCAAAAGUGAAGAUCAGGCAGAUGAGCUGGAACCACCAAAAGAGCCAGUUGAAACACAAGAGAGUGGGACGCCACAAGAUACUGAAUCAGUGACAGAAAAGGCAGAAUUAGAAGAAGGCCAGCCCAAUGUUAAAGUCCAUGAGCCAGAGACCCAAUCCAGUCAAACUGGUGUUGCUGAUGCUCCACCUGAGCAGCCUUCAGAGACUCUGGAAUCCCAGACAGAGGCUGAAGAGGCUAAGAAAACACCGCCUAGCAGUGAGCCACACCAUGGUGAAUCCACCACUGAUGUUCCACCUAUCGCUGAAGCCCCAGAGGCCACGAUUCCCUCAGAGGUCACAGCAACCCCUGUGGAUCCAUCAGUGAUAGGGACUCCUUCUCAAGAUGAAGAGGAAGGUGUCUCAGAUGUGGAGAGUGAGAGGAGUCAGGAACCACAGCUCAGUGUUUUGGACAUUAGUGGCAUGGCUGCUAGGCUUCUAGAAAGCUGGAAGGAUCUAAAGGAGGUGUACAGGAUACCAAAGAAGACUCAAGUGGAUAAGGAAGGAAGAGAUCGCAGCCGAGAUCGAGAUACAGCUUUGACGCCACGCACCACAUCAGGAAGCAGGGAACGUGAACGGGAGCGAGAGAAGGAGAGGGAACGGGACAGAGACAGAGAUUAUGACAGAGACAGGGAUCGAGAUUGGGACAGAGACAGGGACAGGGACCGCGAUCGAGGCUCUGAGAAAACUCCGCGCAGCUCUGAGCGACGGAGGAGACGCUCGCCAUCUCCACCUUCAUCCUACGAGAGGAGCAGCCGACGCACUGAGGAACGGUUUGAUCCAUCUAACAACAGCAAGACACCAAGAGGAGUUGGUGGCAAGGAGCGCAACAAACUGUCCACAGAGGAGCGCAGGAAGCUGUUUGAACAGGAGGUUGCUCAGCGGGAAGCACAGAAGCAGCAACAGCUUCAACAGCAGCAGCAGCAGCAGCUUCAGUCUAUGGCUUAUGACCCUGCUCUAGCCUAUGCCUCCAGCCCUGGCUUCAUCACAUACCCACCUGGAUAUCCCAUCCAGACUUUUGUGGAUCCUUCCAACCCCAAUGCGGGCAAAGUACUUCUCCCAACCCCUUCAGUGGAGCCGAGUCUCAACUAUGAACAGACUCCACCCCAGCGUCUCGUCUCAGAUCUGGGACUGACCUCUCCAUCUUCCACUCCCCAAACCACUCCAGUCACCAAUCUCCCUCAGCACGUCACUACCGCAAACCUUGCCUCUGGCAACCCCCAGCAGUAUGCCCAGCCAACUGUAGCAACCCAAGACGCAGGCGUAGCUGUCCUGUCGGUACCAGCCCAAUCUGCCCCUCAGGUACAGGGCCAACAGAGCUACACCACUCUCUGGGACCCCACCACUCAGCAGGCAGUGACUGUGCAGACACAACCUGCACAGCAGUAUGCCGCAGCCCCGGGACAGGGUCAAACUCCCACAGCUAUCUAUUAUCAGGGCCAGCCUUGCCAAACCAUCUACAGCAUCCCUGCUCCCUACCCCCAGACCAACACUCCAGUCAUACAGGCAUACACUGAUCCCACAGCCAGCUACCUACAUGGCCAGCCGGUAUAUCCCGGUCAGCAGGGAGUGGUGGUGCAGCAGGGAGGCACAGUCACCACCAUUGUAACAUCUCAAACUGUUCAGCAGGAAAUGAUUGUACCCAACAGUGUGAUAGACCUGCCUCCACCUUCUCCCCCUAAACCCAAAACGAUCGUCCUACCUCCCAACUGGAAAGUGGCUCGGGACCCCGAAGGCAAAAUUUACUACUACCAUGUUGUUACAAGGCAAACACAGUGGGAUCCACCAACCUGGGAAGGAAAUAGUGACAACACUAGUGUGGACCAUGAAUCAGAGAUGGACCUGGGAACACCCACCUAUGAUGAAAAUCCUUCCAAAUUUUCCACAAAGACGGCUGAAGCAGACACUUCCAGUGAACUCGCUAAGAAAAGUAAAGAGACCUUUCGCAAGGAGAUGUCGCAGUUCAUAGUGCAAUGCCUGAAUCCUUAUCGGAAGCCAGACUGCAAAUCUGGACGCAUCAGCAACACAGAAGACUUCAAACACCUGGCUAGAAAGCUAACUCACGGAGUUAUGAAUAAGGAGUUGAAAGCUUGCAAGAAUCCCGAAGACCUCGAGUGCAAUGAAAAUGUGAAGCACAAGACCAAGGAAUACAUCAAAAAGUACAUGCAGCGAUUCGGCGCCGUGUACAGACCCAAGGAGGACACAGAGGUGUAUUGAAGCAUUUCAGGCCACAGAUGUUACACUUCGCUCUGCGCUAAUACAGGAGAAGCACAGAUUUGCCUUUCCAUUCACUCCCACAUGUACGAACUGUCCAGCCUGAACAGUGAAGUAGUUUCUUUAUUUCUAUUUAUGUCUACGAAUUGCACUGCUGAAGUUCUCCAGGCCCUGCGGAUCGCACAGGAGCCCCGAUAUACGGACUGUGGGAGACUUGGUUGUUGCUGAACAACUCAAGACUCCAGGUGCAGUGUUCUCAGACGAUGACACUGAGGGGUGCUACAGAGACUGUUUUCACUGACUGUUUUAUUUUUUAGCGUUUUUGGGUUUUUUUUCUUUUUUUUUUCAUUUGCGGCUCUUAAAAGUUCCUCAGAUGAUCACCUCAAUUCCAGUUUUUAAACUGUUAUAUCCCUGAAUGAGGAUCAUUCACAGGAAUCAGCUUUGGUAUCACAUUUAUCAAAGUUUUGUUGUUACUUUCCACUGUUUAAAAAAAGGAUCAGUGCCCGAACAGUCGAGUUCUCCCUCCCCAGCCUCCUUUUUCUCCCCCCUCUGUACACGCUUCAGCCCCCUGCCACUGAGCAUAUCUGGUGCUGCUUUUAAAUGGGCUGUGGAGGUCCAAGCUUCCACUCCUGCAAACCCUGCCUUCUUAACCACAAGACUUUGGAGCCUCUGUUGUUUUAUGAAUGCAUGAUGUAACCUGAGGUCAGAGUGAUCCUUAUGGAAAUCCCUACAUUUUCCACGUCUUCUUACUUCAAGUAAUCUUCCCUCACGGGGAUGAGCUUUUUGCUCACGGUAUACUGAGGGAUCAAUCAGUGGCAAUCAGGCUGGCGAAAAAGGAGUUAGCGGUCAAUCUUUUCUUGACUUUUAUCAGUUAAUGUGUAAUAACGGGAGCAGGGUUUGAUUGCUAUGUUUGACAUGCUGUUUAGGUGUGUGUCCAGUUACUUCCCCACCCCCUCAUUUCUUGUCCGGCCCCACUUCCUUAACUUGUUCUGCCAGAUUUCCUCUUCCUACAGGAAUGAUUCUGAGAAUGAAGGUUGUAGCAUUGCAGUUUUAACCAUUUCUAAACAUCCCACGUGUUCAGUCUUUUUACCACUCUUUGUCCAAGCAAGACAUUUGAGACACUUUGGUCGACAAACUGUCGCUCAUUAAUUUCUGAGAUUUUUACAGUUGGCACUAAAAGUUGUUUCUUUAGCAUUAGGUCAUCGAUUUUACAUCGCAUAAAAUUGCAUUAAAAAGAAUUCCAACAUAUGUACAUUGCUUUAUAUGUGAAUAUACUGAAUAAUAGUUUUUUGGAAUGCUUAAUUAAGCAGACACUUUGUAAAUUGAAUAUGAUUUGGGGAUUAAAAGUGUAAAUAUUAUGUAAAAUUACCAAAGCUGUAUGCAGGAGAGUAGGGUGAUGGAGCACAGUGAGCCCACCCAUCCUCACCAGCUUAGUCCUCCUGAUGCAGUUCCCAUAUCAGUCAGUGAAACUUAGGAGCCCACUGACUCACAGCCAAUUUAUUUUAAUGAAGUGGCCAGGGAGAUGUUCAUGUGUUUUGUUUUUUAGUUGUUAUUGUUGGUGGUGUUUCUUUUUUUUUUUUUAAUUAUUAUUUUUCUAUGUACAAAUUAAAUUUCACCCAACUCUACUGUAAGUAUUGUGUAAGCACAUUGUCAUACCGAGUGUAAAAACAUUUUAAAGAUAAUAAACCUUUUUUUGUAAAAUCACAUCAAUUUUUUUUUUCUGCGGUGCAGUUCAGUUAGGUUCGUUUGAGCAUCAAUAGACCAGAAUAUCUCUAAGCAAAUGUGACUGCCUUGUGCUUCAUGAUUAACAGCGUAGCGCACACCCAAUCCCAUUUUUAGAUCUGCUCCCGCCUCUAAUAAAGGGUGCAUAUGGCACGAAUGCCACUACGGCACUUUCGCGCAGCGCUGAGCCAGAUGUUCGGCCCCGCUAAAAGGAAACAAAGUGAUGGACUGCCUUCAUUAGAGACAUUCAGUGUGCUCUAAAUAUGGAGACCUGUGAGGAGUAAAAAGAGGCGCUGCUGUGCUUCCCCUCUCUCUUCUGGGUCCCAACCCCACCCCACCCCCUUUCCAGUGUAUGCACAUUCCGCAGCCUCAUGCCUGUGUGCUCCAGACCGCAGUUAAGCAGUCCCUUCUGGAGUGUGUGACGGCAUGUAACGCUGCUCUAGGCCAUGCACGAUGCCUGCUCCCACUUAGGUCUGUAGGCAAAGAGAUCAUUAACAGAUCCGAGUUCAGGGCAGAAGGGGAGCAGGAAUGAGAGAUGGUGUCUCAGUGAGAAACAGAAAACUGCUCUUCCAGAAGAUUUGAGAUUAUUUUGGUUUCGCCCUCAAAUUAUUAAAUACCUCUUAAAUGAUUUCCCCUCAGGGUUUUGGAUAGGAAACGUCCUCAUACACUAAAUCCCUUGAAGAGAGGCAGUUUAUUCCAUGUCCAAACUUUGUUACUCUAACCCAUCAGAUGAGUUUUAUACUUUGACUAAAGAUGAUAGACGUAGGUUUAUGGGACUGUGGUUCUUUAGCAAUAAAUGUCUUAUUUCCGUAAACCUAAAAAAAAAAAAAAAGGACUUUUCAUUUGGUGCAAAUACAACUGUUCACUGUUGCCUUUCACUAGACGGUCAUAAAACACUGUAUCAUUAUUACAUAAACAAUGCCAGAAGUGUUUGGGCCUUUGGGAAGAUGACAAAAAGAUGAAAAUUAAACUAUACUGUGUCAAACUAAUGAGGCCUGUCGAAUCUCUUGUCAGCUGUGCUCUUUUAUCAUCACUUUUACAUAUUUCAUCUGUUCUUUAUUUCUGUGCUUCAUGUUUAAGGCCCUUUUAAAAUUUAUUAACAUUUGUUCUGAUUGUAACUUUAAAUUGUAAUUCUGCUUGUUUUUCUUUUUUUGUUUUUAACGAGUUUCUAAAUAAUCACUUAGCCUCAAGAAACUAAAUAAAAGGUGCAAGUUCCCCUGGCUGAUUAUAGCA